UAUAAAUGCAGCUACUGUGGUUCGGCUUCAACAGAACGGACCAAGGGUUUAAGCAAGAUGGCGCAAUUGGCAAUAAUUUUUUUGGGCUUUGCAAUGGUGGUGCAAAGUGCAGUUGUUCCGUCUGCAGAUGCUCUCCUAAGGAGAGUAGCGCGUUCUCCAUGCUACUCAUGCGGUGACGGCUUUCCUCAUGGUCCACCACCUUUCCCUCCUCCGCCAUUCUUUCACACACAUAACUGGAGUGGAUACUCAAGAGGCUCCGAUGGCCAACCAAAAGGAGUUUUCAGUGGGGCAGCUGCCACUGCACUCGGAGGUGGAGGCGAUUCUUCGGGUCAAGCAUUUUCUUUGGCAUCGUCUGACACUGAUCAAAACAACGAUCAGUCUAACUUUGGUCGAUCUGGAGGAUACGGGGACCAGUCAACCAGUGGUUCUUCUGGUUUUGGUGGACAACAAUCUGGCUCCGGUGGAUAUGGCGGGCAGUCUUCUGGAAGAUAUAAUAGCCAAUCGUCAGGAGCGAGUGGUACCUCUGGAAGUUUUGGUGGACAGCAAUCUAGCUCCGGUGGAUAUGGUGGGCAGUCUUCUGGAAGAUAUAAUAGCCAAUCAUCAGGAGCGAGUGGUACCUCUGGAAGUUUUGGUGGACAGCAAUCUAGCUCCGGUGGAUAUGGUGGGCAGUCUUCUGGAAGAUAUAAUAGCCAAUCGUCAGGAGCGAGUGGUACCUCUGGAGGUUUUGGUGAACAACAAUCCAGCUCUCGAGAGUUUGGAGGCCAUUCCUCUGGAAAUGGAGGUUUCGGUGGCCAGUCGUCAGGUGCUGGUGGAUCUUCUUCUGGUUUUGGUGGCCGGUCUAAUUCUGGUGGAUUUGGUGCUCAAUCAUCUGGAGCAGGUGGAUAUGAUGGUCAGAGCCACGCCAAUUUCAGAGAAAGUGGAAGUUACAAGGAAAGUCAUUCAAGUGGAGGUAACCAACAAUCUAGUAGAUUCUCUGGUAAUGGUGGAUUUGGGCAAGGCGAUGAACAACAGUCUCAAUCUCGGGGAUUCAGCGCUUCGGCGGCCCAGAGCUCUUCUCAGGCUGGGGGGUCCGGUGUCCAAGGUAAUGCAGGUCAAGGCUUCGGAUCAACAAAGGGAGGGUUUUCAUCAGGAGUGAAUCAGCAUCAAGUGGAAGUUGGUCAUGGAGGUGGAUCUCAAGGCGGAUUCAGUUCGAAUUACGAAUCCCAGGGUUCAUUAGGAAAUGGACAGCAAUCUUCAAGUAGUCAAUUAGGAUCUAGUCAAGGAUAUUCAGGGGGCCAGAGUAAUCAAGAGUCGUACAAUGAUGCCCAAUCAGCGCUCGGUGCUGCUCAAGGUCUGGCCAGCCAAGGGUUGCAGGGGUCCGGUCAACCUGGAUGUAGUACGUGUGGUAAGAGCAACUACGCUCUGAGUAAUGCUAAGAGUAAAACUGGAAAUGCUAUCGCUGUGUCUGUAGGAGGAAAGUAAAUGAAUAAAGUGUGCCAUUGUCAGCUUUCCGAUUAUUAUGUGAUUUGAAUAAUGUUAUUUGUAAAGUGAUUGGGAAUUAGACUUCUUGUAUUAUGACUAUUUUAUGAAAAUGAAUAAAGUUUGGUUAUUUUUAA